UGUCUUUCGUUUGUGUCUCCAAAAAGAGCCGAUCAGGCAGCCCACCCAGCUUGACCAUGGAAAGAAUUUCCCCCGACUUGGAGAUGAUUGCCAAGCGAGAGCUCGGUGAAACACCGCAAGUGAAAGAAGAAGCCGUGGCUCAACUGCGGGCGCUUCUUUCCGAGGAUCCGGUAUUGCAUUGCCCCUUGGACGAAGAUUUCCUGGUGAAGUUCCUGCGUAGCCGGAAGUUCCACGUGAGGGAAACCCUGGAUAUAAUUCGGAGGUAUUUCCGGGUCCGCCAGGAAUACACCGACCUUUUCGACGAUCUGCUGCCGUCACGCAUCUUGUACGAUGCGACACUGCACCAAAACAAGCUAUUGACUGUUCCCAAGGAGCGUGAUUCUUUGGGAAGGCUGAUUGUCAUUGUCAAGCUGGGUGCCUGGAAUCCGGCUGUCUGUUCACUGAACGAGCUCUUCAGAUUGGUGCUUGUUGGGACAGAAUGCAAUCUUAUGGUUCCGACGAACCAAAUCACAGGCGUCGUAGGAGUUGUUGAUCUGGAUGGACUUCACAUCUCUCACUUUCUUUACUUCACGCCAUCGGAAAUCAGGAGGGCAGUCAAGAUAAUGCAGGACUCCUACCCAUUGCGGGUCAAAGGCGUCUACGUCAUAAACAAUCCUCCAGUUUUUCAGCUGAUCUACGCUUGUGUGAGGGUGUUGCUUAAGCAGAAGCAUCGGGAAAGAUUGCACGUCAUAGGACGCGACUACGAGAGACUUCACCAAUUCGUUCCUCGUGAAGGUCUACCCACAGAAUACGGUGGCCUCCUGGAAAGCUACGACUACGGCGAAUUGGAAGCAACAUAUCGAAGCAAAGAAGACAUUUUUGUGGACCUCGGUAGAUACGGCUACCAGGAGCGACAGGAGUUCAAGGAAUCGGUUGAAUCUGAACAAACCGAUCGUCGGAGUGCUGUGAAGUGAAAAUGCCAGAGGGCGCUUAACGUUUGCAGAAAAGAGAACCGUGUUCAUUCGGAAAAUAAAAAUGUACUUAAAGUUU